AUAACUGAAAUACGACCAAAUCAAUUCAUAGGAUCAAGGAUUUUACUGGUGCCAAAUGUAUAUCGCUUGUAUUCAAAUGGUAGAUCAAUGCUACAUUAACACUUGUAGAGUCAGUUACAUGCAUUGUGCUGGCAUUGUAGAGAGGAGUAAUUCGUAUUAUUUGGCUGAAGCUCGUCCGAGCUGGCAGAAGAACACUGUAUUCACAAAACUGUUUGCCAAUCAUUUCUUCCUUUUUGAAGACACUUGAAGAGUGACUCUGUUCCGUUUCGUUACAUCUUCAUAUCUUCGCAUUUUAAUUUGUUUGAAGACGAUUUUUGAAAAAUUUAAACAAUUUCAAGAUGGCGAUAAUCAUGAAGAGUUGUUGUUGCUUCGAGACGAUUGAGAAGGGAACUGUCGCAUCGGCUAUUUACUCUAUGUUGACAUCUAUCAUCGCAUUUGGAUGGGUUACAUACAGGAUUCAGCCAUUACAAACAUUAUUCCAAGAUGUGGAAGGUGAUCAUGAAUUGCAUCUUGGAGCUAUAUACGUGUCUUACCUGGUGGCUGUCAUCCUGACUAUCUGCCUGGUCGCCUCCGCUAUGGUUCUCCUUAUCGGAACCGUCAAGGGUAAUCGUUUUUGUUUGAUACCAUUCCUCAUCGUCAUUCUCAUCACGAUUGUCCUUCAAGUGCCCUUCACAGGCUUCUUACUCUGGCAUUUCGUAAAGACCAACUUUGCGAAUCUAACUGUUUUGGUUCACGUACUUUUCAAUGUACCGCUCGGCUUUCUAAACAUCGCAAGUUUCUUCUGCGUGAUUGCAAGGUUUCAGCAGCUGUCUUCUGAACCCGAAGAUACCGAUUCGGACAUCGACAGCCUGGAUGAAAUCAAGAUUGCAAACUUUAACAGACUCAGGAGGGAAUCUCAACAUAUCACGAUCCUGAAGAUACACACCACUGUUUGAAGUCCACUCGAGCAAAAUUAC